AGCAACUGUGAAGCGGGACAGACGACAGCGGCUGGGCCGUCUUCGUCGUCGUCCACAGCGCCGCUAUGACUUCCCGCGGGAUUAUAACGGUGCCUUUCGGUCUGUACUUCCUUGUCUUACUCUGCCGAGCGUCAGCGUUGGAACUAAGAAGCAACCGAACAGACAUGAUCCAUCAAUUUGGGCCGCUACCUGAUGGCAGCGAGCCUGAUCUCAAAGCCAUGGCUACGGGCUACGGUGAUCACCAGAGUGGCUACGGUGGCCACAAGAACCAUGGCGGCCACCACUCACACGGCCAGUACGGCGGCGGCUACAAACACCAUGGCAAUGAUUACGACAACUACCAAGAAAAGCAUGGCCGUCAUGGAGACGAGCAACACGGUCACGGCUACAAUCGCUACCACAACGACCACAACGGAAAAUACGGUCACGGAGGCUAUGGAGGAAAGCACUACGCCAACGAACACUACGGAGGGCAUGGCAAGCAGGGAGGCAAGUACGGCAACGACCACUACAAGGCUCGGGGACACAAGAACUACGGUCACAAGAAUGUAUAUCACAAGGAGGAUGCCGCGCACCACAGUCGCUACUACGAUGACUACCACGACGGUGACCACAAGAAAAAGUACAAUCAACACCACAACUACGACGACCAUCAUGCGGGCCGCCAGCACCACGGACACCACCACAAGCAGCACCAUGACAAGUACCGCCACGGCGACGACUCCCACAAGCAUGGACACGGCCAUUACAAGCACCACCACGGAUCACAUGGCGGCCACGGCAGAGACCACUACCGAGGUGGCAGCGGCCACAAGUACGGAGGCGGCGGAUAUCACCGCGGUUCUCACGAUCACUACGGCGGCCAGAAGCACCAUGGAGGCGGUGGGCAUGGCGGCGGCGGCUAUGGAGGUCACGGAGGAGGCGGCGGCGGCUACGGCGGCCAUGGAGGAGGAUACGCAAGCAACGGUGUACCCACGUACAUCAAGGUUCCUGUGUCUCAAAUUGGAUUCGCGGCGACUUUUCGAUGAUCAUUUCUGAAGUUUCCACUGUCUCUUGUUACAAGAAGACUGACUAGAAAUUACACUGUAAAUAAACCUAGCUCACUGAGGGGUUCUUUUUUUGUUUUGUUUUUCUUUUCAGGAAAUCUAACCCGUAAUGUUUCCUCAUGGGUACUGAAAAACUGCACCUUCGUCAUUUCGUGUUUCUUUCCUGGCGCUAAAGUUGCCCUACACUUCGAGAAACGAUACUGGAUGACGGUGAUCGUCGCAGACGACAACGAAUAAUUCUCAAUAGUGCAACAUUAAGCUCAAAUUUCUCAAACAUAAAUGUUAAAUUGAUGAGCGCUCUGGUAAGAGCUCCGAA